AUGGAAAAAGGUGACAUAGAUCUUGCAACAUUCCUGAAAACCCGGCGCACGGAGAUCGAUUCUUCUUUUAUCAGAUAUCACUGGAAAGAAAUGCUUCGCUGCGUGAAAGUCAUACAUGACAGAAAAAUAGUCCAUUCGGAUCUGAAACCCGCAAAUUUCCUGCUCGUGAAAGGGACUGUAAAGUUGAUUGAUUUUGGAAUCGCUGCAGGAAUACCGAAUGAUAUGACUGGCGCGAUAAAAGAGAGCCAGAUGGGUACUUUGAGCUACAUGGCACCUGAAGUUUUACAGGGAGCAGGGGGCGAUGGAAAAUUUAAGGUAUCAUGCCAAAUUCUAUUGUCUACAAGUUUCUUACUCGAUAUUUUUUCAUUACAAAAGGGGACCUUGAUUCUGGACCUACAGCUAGCCGCUCACCAAUUACGACAUUUCCGAUGUAAAGAGCUUGCCCUAUGCAAUUCCAAAAUUCCGCUAAAGGCAGACGUCUGGUCGUUAGGAUGCAUAUUGUACAACCUGGUUUACGGUCGCCUUCCUUUCAAUAUGAAAAGUCAGGGUGCAAAGAUGGCUGCUAUAUGUAAUCCGGACUACGUGAUAGAAUUCCCUGACUGCGGUGAUUCCUUGUUGGUUGAUGUUUUGAAGCGGUGUCUUGUUCGAGAGGUUCAUCAAAGAGCUGAUGUCAACGAACUGUUGGAACACCGUUAUUUGAGUGAGUUGCCGUUUGUUUUCGUUUGUUCUCUAUUUUUUCUUUAUUUAUACGUCAUUAUAGAAAAAUGCUCCCAUACUCUAGAGCAAAUUCAGAUAAGGACCGAGAAUACUCUUUGGAAUAGUUCGAUCCCGAUUCUGAGAUGCGACCCCGCACUCGCCUUUCACUCAGAAUCGUAG